UUGUGCGCGAACAUGACAGUCGUUGACAUCCAACCGGUUUGUUUGUUUCCCUCGGUCGAAAAAAGAUACAAAAGGACGCGUUUGUGUUGCAGUUUUGAAAAUCAUACAUAAAACUGAAAAUGCUCGCUAUUCAGCCAACAAAUUCCGGCGGUAUUCCCGACAAGCUAUGGCAGCCGCACUUUGUUGCUUUCGAUACCACGAUGGGCGAAAUAACAAUCGAACUGUAUUGGAAACACGCUCCUAACACUUGCAGAAACUUUGCUGAGCUAGCACGCCGAGGGUAUUACAAUGGAACACAAUUUCACCGAAUUAUACGAGAUUUCAUGGUACAAGGCGGCGAUCCAACCGGAACCGGACGAGGUGGUCAAUCGAUCUACGGGGCCACAUUUGCCGACGAAAUUCAUGGUGAUUUAAAGCACACUGGAGCAGGCAUAGUAUCGAUGGCCAACUCUGGUCCCGACACGAACGGUUCUCAAUUUUUCAUCACACUUGGUCCAAACCAGUGGCUGGAUGGAAAGCACACCAUUUUCGGUCGUAUCCACUCUGGAAUGCAGGUGGUUAAACGAAUAGGGUUAGUGGAAACGGACAAAAACGAUCGGCCCGUAGAACCAGUGAAGAUUGUGAAGGGAAAAGUAGAGAAAUACUAAAAUAAACGCAUUUUUAUCGAAAAUUCUGCAGUGAUGAUUCAUGUACAAC